UAAUUGGUCUUGCGUACGAAGGGAAUUUCUCAAUUCUCAGAACUCCGGAAGGCUCCGAGUCCUUGUUCGUCCCGACGAGUCGCUAGGGUUUCCAAUUCCGAUUCCCUUGCCUUCUCUCUCUUUCAAAUUCCUCGGGUUUUAUUUGUGAGAGAGAGAGAGAGAGAUGGCUCUGACGCAGAGGCUUCACGAAGCCUUCAAGGGGACCGUAGAGAGGAUCACGUCCCCCCGCACAGUAUCCGCAUUUAAAGAGAAAGGCGUUCUCAGCGUCUCCGAGUUCAUCAUCGCUGGCGAUAACCUCGUCUCUAAAUGCCCCACUUGGUCCUGGGAAUCAGGAGAGCCAAGCAAGAGGAAGUCGUACCUACCUUCUGAAAAGCAGUUCUUAAUUACUAGAAAUGUCCCUUGUCUACGAAGGGCUGCAUCUGUUGAAGAGGAAUACGAAGCGGCAGGUGGGGAGGUUCUUCUUGAUAAUGAAGACAACGAUGGCUGGUUGGCUACUCAUGGGAAGCCCAAGGAUAAAAGUGAUGAGGUGGAAAACUUGCCUUCUAUGGAGACUUUAGAAAUUAGCAAGCACAGGGCUGUGAAGUCGAUCGUCUCAGAAUUUGGUGAUCAGGAUGAAGAAGAUAUUCCUGACAUGGCCGAUUAUGAAGAACCCGACAACCUUGUUGAAGUAGAUGCUGCAACUCUGCCAUCAACAUAUAUUGUUGCUCAGCAACCUGAUGAUGACAAUAUUUUACGGACUCGAACUUAUGAUGUCAGCGUCACGUAUGAUAAGUACUAUCAGACACCUCGCGUGUGGCUUACUGGGUAUGAUGAGUCAAGGAUGCUUUUGGAGCCGGAGCUUGUACUUGAAGAUGUUAGUCAAGAUCAUGCUCGCAAAACGGUAACUAUUGAGGGCCAUCCACACAUGUCUGGGAAGCAUGCAUCGGUGCAUCCAUGCCGACAUGGAGCUGUGAUGAAAAAGAUCAUCGACGUACUAAUGUCACGUGGAGUUGAACCAGAAGUUGAUAAGUACCUAUUCCUCUUCUUGAAAUUUGUUGCCUCUGUAAUUCCAACAAUUGAAUAUGACUACACAAUGGACUUUGAUCUUGGCAGCUCCAGCAAUUGACCCAUAGCUGUUAUGUCAGUCUCUGAGCCAUUUGGUGCAAAUUUCCAUUUAUUGUCCUUUUGUGGGACAGAAGUCUCCUUCACUUGGAAUCUGACAAAUUUCCUGAUAAAUUGUGCAUUUUUGCAUUGCAAUAUUUGUAUAUAGUAAAUAAUUAUUAUAUGUUUGCCGAGAGAAAAAAAGUGUUCAAAAUGUCCCCCCAUGGAAACAAAAUUGCUUUUUUUUUUUCACAAAAAAAAAAAAAAAAGUCCUGUACAAUAGUGUUAUCAAUGUGAACAGAAAAUUGAUCAUUUUCAAGAUUUGAUGACAAUCUAGUGUAGAUGAUGAGAUUUUAUAUUAUUGAGACUGCUGCUGAAAACCAACAAGGAUAUACCAACUUAAAACAUGGCUUCAAACACAAUUAGAUGUAUACAUCUUAUAUGCUUGAUAAUGGGGUUAGUGAAGAGCUGAUUGCAAGUCACCUUGUAUUGAACAUUCCGAAGUACAAUUGAUUGAUUGCCUUUUACAAAAAUGCUUGCUGCACGGGGCCACUGUUCAUGUGAGGGUCCCACUGCAUUUGUCUUUUGUUGCCUCUUGCUUGACUGUGUUUCUGUUUGGACAUAUUGCAGAUAUGAAACGGCUUAUGGUGCUUUACGACCUCAGUAUAUAUGUUCCCCCGGCUUAACCAAGGCCCUG